AUGUCUGAUAACAACAUAGUAGGGAUUGAAUACAAUCGAGUAACAAACACCGCAUCAACAGAUUUUCCUGGUCAUCAACAACAUGGAGACUACAGCUGGAACAUUGAGAAGUUUAAGGACUCCUUUGAGAUCAAAAUCACCAAUAUAGCAGAGAGAAGUGCAACAUUUGAUCUUAUUCAUGUCGAUACAUCCAUAGCUAAUGCUUUUCGUCGUAUUAUGAUUGCUGAAGUGCCAUCGGUCGCUGCAGAAACAGUAUACCUGUACAUGAAUACUUCUGUUAUACAAGACGAGGUGCUAGCACAUAGGAUCGGUCUUAUUCCUCUCAAGGUCGACCCCGACUCAUUAACCUGGGUAGACAAGAAACUCGAUGAGAGUGAACGUUACACUGAAGACAAUACAAUUGUUUUGACGUUGGAUGUUGCUUGUUCAAAGAACUUGCAAGCACCUAAAAACUCCACGGAUCCGAAGGAAAUGUACAAAAAUAGUCACGUGUACGCACGAGAUUUGAAGUUUGAGCCUCAAGGAAGCCAGUUGGAGAAGUAUAAGGAUAGUCCAGUUGUUCCUUGUGAUCCAGAUAUUUUAUUGGCCAAAUUGAGACCGGGUCAAGAAAUAUCAAUGAGGGUGCAUUGUAUUUUGGGUUUGGGUUGUGACCAUGCCAAAUUCUCACCUGUUGCCACUGCAUCGUAUAGAUUGUUGCCUGUUAUAGAUAUCAAAGAGCCAAUAACAGGGGAUCUUGCAAGAAAAUUUCAGAAAUGUUUCCCACCUGGUGUGAUUGGUAUUAAAGAUGAUGGAGAAGCUUAUGUGGAAGAUGCAAGAAAAGAUACUGUUAGUAGAGAGGUUUUGAGACACCCUGAAUUUGAGGGUAAAGUGAAGUUGGGAAGACAAAGAGACUACUUUAUUUUCAACGUUGAGUCCACUGGGGCUAUGCCUCCCUGUGAAAUAUUUUUGAAGAGUAUCAGGGUAUUGAAGAGUAAGGCUGAGUACUUGAGAAACUGUCCUAUUGGUCAGUAA